AUUUGUUUAUAUUCCAUCUACCAACCUCUCCUUUCCGUUCCUUUCCUUUGUUGCUCUUGUAUUAAAAAAUAAAAAAUAAAAAAUAAAAAAAUCUGAGUCACACGGUGGUAUCAUGGCCACAGCUUCCGAAUCGAACACACCCCAACCUCCACUGCCACUGAAGAACCGGGUGGCCAUCGUCACCGGAGGGUCACGCGGCAUCGGCAAAGCCAUAGCUCUCCACCUGGCCUCUUUGGGUGCGGGCGUCGUCAUCAACUACACUUCCAACUCUGCUCAAGCCGACUCCGUGGCCGCCCAAAUCAACUCCACCACCAAAGCCACGCCUACCACCGCCAUCGCCGUCCGAGCCGAUGUGUCCGAUGCCGAUCAGGUCAAGUCCCUAUUCGACGCCGCCGAGGCUCACUUCCUCUCCCAAGUCCACAUCCUUGUCAACUCCGCCGGAAUCAUCGACCCCAAAUACCCUUCCAUUGUCAACACCACUCUCCAAGACUUCGACAACAUAUUCAGUGUGAAUGCGAGAGGGGCGUUCGUGUGCUGCAGAGAGGCAGCGAACAGGCUGAAACGAGGCGGGGGUGGUCGGAUCAUACUCCUAACGACUUCGUUGGUGGCGGCGCUGAAGCCGGGCUACGGAGCCUACACGGCGUCCAAGGCUGCGGUGGAGGCCAUGGCUAAGAUUCUUGCAAAGGAGCUUAAGGGCACUCACAUCACCGUUAACUGCGUGGCCCCGGGGCCCAUCGCCACGGAAAUGUUCUUCGACGGCAAGACGGAGGAGCAGAUCAAGAGGGUCGUCGACGAGUCUCCCCUCUGUCGCCUCGGUAUCCCUGAUGACGUGGCACCCGUGGUGGGGUUUCUAGCCUCCGACGCCGGUCAGUGGGUUAAUGGCCAAGUGGUUCGCGUCAAUGGCGGUUACGUUUAGCUCUUCUGUCUCUGUUGUUUUUGUUGUCCAUUCUUUCACUCAUAUUCUCAUAUCGUAUGCUAAAACACAAUUAUAUGCAUCAUGAUGUGUCUGUCUGUUCAUUAGGAGGAUGAUGAAUCCAUGAACAUCUAAGCUCUAAAGCUCAAACCUCUCCCUUUUUUUCUUUUUGGUAAUAGAAGCUCUAAGCUCUGUGUGUAUUUAUGUGUGUGUGUGUAUAUAUAUAUAUAUAUAUAUAUGAUUUUAUAAAACAAUACAAUAAUAGAAAUGUUGCAUUGCAUAUUUAUAUAUAAUUCCUACAGAUUCAGUUCCUUUCCGCCAACAAAUUCAAUCAAUAUUCAUACUACACAAAAAUAUAAAAUAUAUAUGAUGGACAUAUAUUGUAUGGUAUGGGAGGUUGCUCAAUUGCUCUAGUUUGUUAUCAAUUGCCAAAAAAACAAAUAUAAACAAAAUUUGGAAUGGCGGAAGCCAUGUACACAGAGUAACAAAGAGGUAAGCAAAUCACAGAAGCCGCUGCUGUGCUGGAGACUGGACUGGAAGAGGACUGGGUCAGUACCAUUUUUCCUAUUUUCUAACAUAUUUGUGUGAUGGGCUUGUUUGGUGUUGUGGGGCGUAUGCCGUAGUUGUUUGGGAAAAUAAAAAAAACAAAAUUGUAUCUUCAUUCGCAGUUUUAAAUCAAUUAAUUUCAUAUUUACAAAACUGUAAAGGUUUGUUUUCAACCUAAGCUAACGAAUGAAAUAAACAUCCACUCCAUCAAAUAUAACAUAAAAGAUUCUGGGCUCGCGUGGGAGCUCAGUGGUUAGCACAACACAGCCCGGCCAGUCGACGCUGGGUUCGAGUCUUGGGGGGUAGGGGAUGCCUGGGGGCAUAGCAAAAAUAAAAAAAUAUUAAAGAUUCUCUGAAAACAUAAAUUACAUACAAUAUAAAAAAAUAAGUGAAAU